ACAGUUUCUAUGUAUGUGCCGUCACAGUGCAGACAGAGGUUGUAAACAUGGCGGCGGACGGGAUGGUGCUCACCAACCACGACCAUCAGACUCGAGUGGGGAUCCUGACGGUCAGUGACAGUUGUUACAAGAACUUGGCUGAGGACAGGAGUGGAGUCAACCUAAAGGACCUGGUCCAUGAUCCCUCACUGCUGGGAGGAGUCAUCGCAGCCUACAAGAUCGUUCCAGAUGAGAUUGAUGAAAUCAAGGAAACUCUUCUGGACUGGUGUGAUGAACAGGAGCUGAAUCUCAUUCUCACCACUGGAGGAACUGGAUUUGCACCACGAGAUGUUACACCUGAGGCCACCAGAGAGGUGAUAGAGAGAGAGGCUCCGGGUAUGGCUCUGGCCAUGCUGAUGGGAUCACUCAACGUUACACCAUUAGGCAUGCUGUCCAGGCCAGUGUGUGGCAUUCGUGGUAAAACUCUGAUCAUCAACCUGCCAGGGAGCAAGAAGGGCUCUCAGGAGUGUUUUCAGUUCAUCCUGCCCGCUCUGCCCCACGCCAUCGACCUGCUGCGAGAGGCCAUGGUCAGGGUUAAAUCCACACACGCUGCCCUAGAGCAGCUGCCCUCCCCUUCCCCUCUGAUGGCCAACACGCACACCAACACACUCAGCAACACACACACCAUGGAGCGCGGCACCCAGUGCGAGGAAGAGGAGGACGAGGAGGAGGAGGACAGGAGGAGAGGCCGACAUGUGCACAACCACCACCAUCACCAGCACGGCUCCUCCCACAUCACCGCAGCCGCUAUCGCUGCCAAGACGAGCCAUGCUGUGGUCAUGGCUAAGGGGGGUCCCUACCUGCCUGUCAACACACCUGACCCCCCCACUCAUUUCACCUGUUCCUGUACCCAUGACCAGCAGAUCCCGGACUCGAUCAUUUCUCGAGGCGUUCAGGUGCUUCCUCGAGAUUCGGCCUCUUUAAGCUCCACCCCUUCCGAGUCACCGCGGGCAACACAGGCGACCUCCCGCCUUUCCACCGCCUCAUGCCCGACACCCAAGGUUCAGUCACGAUGUGGCAGUAAUGAGAACAUUCUGAGAGCCAGCCACAGUGCGGUGGACAUCAGUAAAGUGGCACGCCGUCAUCGCAUGUCCCCGUUCCCAUUGACGUCAAUGGACAAAGCCUUCAUCACUGUUCUGGAGAUGACACCUAUUCUGGGAAUCGAAGUCAUUAACUACAGAGACGGUUUGGGUCGAGUGCUCGCUCAGGACAUCUAUGCCAAAGACAACCUUCCUCCGUUCCCCGCCUCCGUUAAAGAUGGCUACGCUGUACGAGCUGCUGACGGCCCAGGAGAUCGCUUCAUCAUGGGAGAAUCACAGGCUGGACAACAGCCCACCCAUACCGUGAUGCCAGGUCAGGUGAUGAGGGUGACGACCGGGGCUCCCAUUCCUUGUGGAGCUGAUGCUGUGGUCCAAGUGGAAGACACGGAGCUACUGAGGGAGUCUGAAGAUGGCACAGAAGAGUUGGAGGUGAGGAUUAUGGUUCAGGCCCGGCCCGGACAGGACAUCAGGCCAAUAGGUCAUGACAUCAGGCGAGGGGAGUGUGUGUUGGCUAAAGGAACACAUAUGGGCCCAUCAGAGAUCGGCCUGCUGGCUACAGUGGGAGUGACUGAGGUCAGCGUGCACAAGUUCCCCGUGGUGGCUGUCAUGUCCACUGGAAACGAGCUGUUGAAUCCAGAGGACGACCUGAACCCAGGGAAGAUCAGAGACUCCAAUCGUUCCACCCUGCUGGCCACCAUCCAGGAACAUGGAUACCCCACCAUCAACCUGGGCAUUGUUGGAGACAACCCUGAUGACCUGCUGUCAGCUCUCCAUGAGGGAAUCAGUCGCGCUGAUGUCAUCAUCACCUCAGGGGGUGUGUCCAUGGGAGAGAAGGACUACCUAAAGCAGGUGCUGGACAUUGACCUUCAUGCUCAGAUCCACUUUGGACGAGUCUUUAUGAAGCCAGGUCUUCCUACUACCUUUGCCACAGUUGACAUUGAUGGAGCACGGAAACUCAUCUUUGCUCUGCCAGGAAACUUCAGCUUCAGAGAGACUGGGCCCUCCCUGCUGGAGGCCAUAGCCCCGAGUGAGACCGAGGCCAGACAGCCACUAACCCCUGCACCUAGAGGAAGGAACCCAGUGUCUGCAGUGGUGACGUGUAAUCUGUUUGUGAUUCCUGCUCUGAGGAAGAUGCAAGGCAUUCUGGAUCCCAGACCUACGAUUAUUAAAGCUAGGCUUUCCUGUGAUGUGAAGCUGGAUCCCAGACCAGAGUACCACCGCUGUAUUCUCACCUGGCAUCACCAGGAGCCACUGCCCUGGGCACAAAGCACAGGUAACCAGGUAUCCAGCAGGCUCAUGUCAAUGCGUAGCGCCAACGGCCUGCUGAUGUUACCUCCUAAAACAGAGCAGUACGUGGAGCUGCAUAAGGGAGAGGUUGUGGACGUCAUGGUCAUCGGACGGCUAUGAUGCAGACUUCAAUGUCACUCGCUACCGAUUACCAUGGCAGUGCCAGGACUUCCUGUCUGGACAGGAAACGGGCGGGGGCAGGAAGUGAUGCAUGUCUACCUGGUCGCCAUUAGCUGUGAUGUCAUAUGCAACAGCCAAUCGGAGCCAGCGGAGGCUGAAUCCUCAUUGGUCUGCUCUGAGGAGAUCACUGUAUUUCAAUGGAGAAAAAAUGUGAAAAAAAUAUAUAAAAUAUGAGAUUUA